AUGAGCGUAACUCCAUCCACCACCCUAGACAGCCAGCUGACUACUACCUGGAGCACUACGAACUCCUACCCUGAUGUUCCAAUGGUGAUGUCUGGUUACACAAGUCGCCUGUGGCCUUGUGACUCCCAGCCUCAGUUCUGGAGUAAGUACCAGGUGUGGGAGUGGCUGCAGCAGGUCAUGGACAUGCACCAGAUGGAUGUCUCCAGCGUUCCCUUCCAAAACUUUGAUAUGGACGGCCAUCAACUCUGCAGCCUGAGCUACCAGGACUUCCUCCGAGCUGCCGGCAGCGUGGGACCCAUUCUAUUCCACAGCAUCACAGAGCUCAAAUGGAGCGGGCAGUACCAUGUGGAAAUAGGGCAACUGGAACUAAAACCAGAAUUAGACUUCUCUUGUCCAUUUCCAGACGUCAGCUAUCCACCUGCAGAAAUCUACGAUCCCUUGAAUCACCCCCUCACCUCUGCCUCCUCCAACCCUUCCAGUCCCGAUAUCAAAAGGUCUUUCAGUUGUCAGGUCAAAAAACACAACCCAAGGGGGACCCACUUGUGGGAGUUCAUCAGAGACAUUCUGCUGAACCCAGAGCGAAACCCAGGGCUAAUCAAGUGGGAGGAUCGGACAGAGGGGGUUUUCCGCUUCCUAAAGUCAGAGGCAGUGGCACAGUUAUGGGGCAAGAAGAAGAAUAACAGCAGCAUGACUUAUGAGAAACUAAGCCGUGCAAUGAGAUAUUACUACAAAAGAGAAAUCCUCGAACGAGUAGACGGACGCAGGCUGGUUUACAAGUUUGGAAGGAACGCAAGAGGAUGGAGGGAGUCAGACAAGUGA